GAUUUAAACCUUCAAAACCAGCCACAUCAAGCUGCCUUUUGUCUCUGCCGGGAGCAUGUGGGUGAACCCCGCGGAGGUGCUGCUGGCAAACGCCCUGUGGGUCACGGAGAGGGCCAACCCUUACUUCAUCCUGCAGAGGAGAAAGGGGCAUGGAGGAGAUGGAGGCGGCGGAGGACUGGCUGGUCUCCUAGUGGGUACUCUUGAUGUUGUGCUGGACUCCAGUGCUAGGGUAGCACCAUACCGAAUCCUCUACCAGGCGCCAGACUCCUUGGUUUACUGGACUAUUGCCUGUGGUUGUUCAAGGAAGGAAAUCACUGAACACUGGGAAUGGCUUGAACAGAAUCUGUUGCAAACUCUUUCAAUCUUUGAAAAUGAAAAUGACAUAAACACCUUUGUCAGAGGAAAAAUACAGGGCAUCAUCGCAGAGUAUAACAAAAUCAAUGGUAUCAAAGAGGAUGAUGACACAGAAAAGUUUAAGGAAGCCAUAGUGAAGUUCCACAAGCUGUUUGGGAUGCCAGAAGAAGAGAAACUGGUGAACUACUACUCCUGUAGUUAUUGGAAGGGGAAGGUCCCCCGUCAGGGCUGGAUGUACCUCAGCAUUAAUCACCUUUGCUUUUAUUCCUUUCUCAUGGGAAGAGAAGCAAAGUUAGUGAUCCGUUGGGUUGAUAUCACUCAGCUUGAGAAGAAUGCUACACUGCUUUUUCCUGACAUGAUCAAAGUGAGCACAAGGUCAAGUGAACACUACUUCUCGGUAUUCCUCAAUAUCAAUGAGACAUUCAAAUUAAUGGAACAGCUUGCCAACAUAGCUAUGAGACAGCUCUUGGAUAACGAAGGAUUUGAACAAGACAAGUCAUUACCAAAACUGAAAAAGAAAUCCCCCAAAAAAGUAUCUGCACUGAAACGGGAUCUUGAUGCUAGAGCCAAGAGUGAGAGAUACCGUGCACUAUUCCGACUUCCCAAAGAUGAGAAAUUAGAUGGACACACAGAUUGCACCUUGUGGACUCCAUUUAAUAAAAUGCACAUUUUGGGUCAGAUGUUUGUUUCUACAAAUUACAUCUGCUUUACUAGUAAGGAGGAGAACUUAUGUAGCCUCAUUAUCCCCCUUCGAGAGGUGUCGGUAGUGGAAAAGGCGGACAGCUCUAGUGUAUUGCCCAGCCCAUUAUCCAUCAGCACUAAAAACAAAAUGACAUUCCUCUUUGCCAACUUGAAGGAUAGAGACUUUCUUGUGCAAAGGAUCUCUGACUUCCUUCUACAAACUACUCCAAAAACAUAUUCUGAAAAAGAGAUUGCUGGAAGUUACAACAGUUCGGAUGAUGAGGUGUAUUCAAGACCAAGUAGUAUAGUUUCCUCCAGCCCUCAAAGAAGUCUCAGCUCUGAAGCAGAUGGAGAACGACAGUUCAAUCUCAAUGGCAACAGUAUUCCAACAGCAAGGCAGGCUUUAAUGACAAUGUAUCGACGGCGGUCGCCUGAGGAGUUCAACCCCAAAUUGGCAAAAGAGUUUUUGAAAGAACAAGCCUGGAAGAUUCACUUUGCUGAGUAUGGUCAGGGUCUCUGCAUGUAUCGGACAGAGAAAGCAAGAGACCUUGUGCUGAAAGGCAUUCCAGAAAUCAUGAGAGGGGAACUUUGGCUGCUGCUUUCAGGAGCCAUUAAUGAGAUGGCCACCCACCCUGGCUAUUAUGAGGACCUCGUGGAGAAAUCUAUGGGGAAGUAUAACCUUGCCACAGAAGAGAUUGAGAGAGAUUUGCACCGUUCUCUCCCAGAGCACCCUGCAUUCCAGAAUGAGAUGGGUAUUGCUGCCCUGAGGAGAGUAUUAACAGCUUAUGCUUUUAGAAAUCCAAACAUAGGAUAUUGUCAGGCCAUGAAUAUUGUCACUUCAGUACUUCUUUUGUAUGCAAAAGAGGAGGAAGCUUUCUGGCUGCUUGUGGCUUUGUGUGAACGCAUGCUGCCAGACUACUACAAUACAAGAGUUGUUGGAGCUCUGGUGGAUCAAGGUGUUUUUGAAGAGUUGGCCCGGGACUAUGUUCCACAGCUUUAUGACUGCAUGCAGGACUUGGGCGUUAUCUCUACCAUUUCACUGUCCUGGUUCCUCACACUUUUCCUCAGUGUAAUGCCAUUUGAAAGUGCUGUGGUGGUUGUGGAUUGUUUCUUCUACGAAGGAAUAAAGGUGAUAUUCCAGUUAGCUCUUGCUGUGCUGGAUGCUAAUGUGGACAAGCUGCUGAACUGUAAAGAUGAUGGAGAAGCAAUGACAGUCCUGGGAAGGUAUUUGGACAGUGUGACUAAUAAGGACAGUACUUUGCCACCAAUCCCUCACCUUCACUCACUACUCAGCGAUGAUGUAGAGCCUUAUCCUGAGGUGGAUAUCUUCAGACUCAUCAGAACUUCCUAUGAGAAAUUUGGAAGUAUACGAGCAGAUCUGAUUGAACAGAUGAGAUUUAAGCAAAGACUGAAGGUGAUCCAGACUCUUGAAGACACCACUAAGCGCAAUGUGGUGCGAACCAUUGUGACUGAGACUUCUUUUACUAUUGAUGAACUGGAGGAACUCUAUGCUCUUUUCAAGGCGGAACAUCUGACUAGCUGCUACUGGGGAGGGAACAGCAAUGCUUUUGACCGUCACGACCCCAGCCUGCCGUAUCUGGAACAGUACCGUAUUGAUUUUGAGCAGUUCAAGGGGAUGUUUGCUCUCCUCUUUCCUUGGGCAUGUGGGACUCACUCAGAUGUGCUAGCUGCACGCUUAUUCAGACUGCUGGAUGAAAAUGGAGAUUCUCUAAUCAACUUCCGUGAAUUUGUCUCUGGACUAAGUACAGCAUGUCAUGGAGAUCUUACAGAGAAACUGAAGCUGCUCUAUAAAAUGCAUGUAUUACCCGAUCCAUCCCCUGAGCAAGAAGAGCCAGAUUCUGCUUUCGAAGCAACUCAGUACUUUUUUGAAGACAUCACUCCAGAGUAUACACAUGUUGUUGGCCUUGACAGCAGGAACAAACAAGGGGCAGAUGAUGGGUUUGUUUCAGUGAGCCUGAAACCAGACAAAGGUAAGAAAAACUCACAAGAAAAUAGAAACUACCUGAGAAUGUGGAGUCAAGAGAAUAAAUCCAAAGCAAAGAAUGCAAAGGAUUUACCCAAAUUGAAUCAGGGGCAAUUUAUUGAACUGUGCAAGACAAUGUAUAACAUGUUCAGUGAAGACCCCAAUGAACAAGAUCUAUACCAUGCCACUGCUGCUGUGACAAGUUUGCUUUUGGAGAUUGGUGAGGUUGGUAAACUCUUCAUUGUUCAGCCCACAAAAGAUACAGACAGUAGCAGUAACAACAGCAGCAAAGCUAUUCAGAGUAUGUUGUUUCAGAAGAAGGGGAGCCAGCAGUAUGAUUUUGACCAGCGUGAAUCCUUUCAAGCCAGCCUCAUUGCUAAUGAGGAGGAGACAGUUUGCACUGAUAACAUGUUGAGUGCACAGAUGGAAGACAUUAAGCUUGAAGACUCUUCUCCCAGGGACAAUGGAGCUUGUUCUUCCAUGCUUAUUUCUGAUGAUGAUACUAAAGAUGAUAGCUCCAUGUCCUCCUAUUCAGUACUGAGUGCAGGCUCGCAUGAGGAGGAAAAGCUCCACUGUGAGGACAUAGGUGAAGAUACGGUUUUGGUGCGAAGCAGCCACACCACUUCUCUGCGUAGAAGCACUAGCAUUGACAGAGACUGGGCCAUCACCUUUGAGCAAUUCUUAGCCUCUCUCUUGACUGAACCAGCGCUGGUGAGGUACUUUGACAAGCCUGUGUCCAUGAUGGCUAGAAUUACUAAUGCAAAGAACAUUCGAAUGAUGGGCAAGCCAAUAACUUCCACAAGUGACUAUGAGAUCUCUACUAUGUCGGGAUGA